GUGCUCCGCCGCUGAGACUUAUCUGCCUUGUCCUUAUGAGGGGUCAAGCGCUAGCAGUCCACGGUCUACUGUUUCACACCCAUCAGCAUUGCCAGGUUUCCACCGCCGACCAUGGAGCGGUCUGGGAACGCUUCGCCGUUGAGCGUCCCCGCACCUUGCAGCCCACCAGCACCUCUGGCCUUGUCCGAGUCCAUGGCCCAGACAACGCCGUGCUCUGACACCACGCACUCCUCCGUCAGACCGGCAUUGUACUCGGAUUCUCCCAAGCCCCAGGUAGUCGAAAGGGAGAACCCAGACCCACCACAAGACGAGCCACAAGCUCAAGGCCAAGCACCGGCGCGACAACGACAACAACAACCACCCCAGGCCCCCGAGGAAGCCCCCGAGGUGCCGGCACCGCCACGAAGCCCGCAAUGCACUUCGUCCCCUACCGACUGGCUGGCCACGCGCCAGCAGCUCCUCCCGAGAAGGAAUCAAGGCAACAAGGCCGACUGGAUCCGUGGCUGGAGCGAAGCGGUGGGCAUGCAUGGUACUGAGACUUAUUGCGCCUGCUCCGAGACUGUCGAGACCAGCCGGGGCCGGAAAGGCAAGACGGCCGACCUAGCCGGCAACAUCCGCGCCAUCCUCCAGAGAACGACCAGCCCCUCAAACAGCAAACCAGCCACUCCCUCCGAACCCGAGGGCAGCCGCGGCUUCGGCAAACGAGUAAGCGAGCUGCUCAUGCGCGUUCGCCCAUCGCUGCAUGGCCAGAGAAAGAACGCGCACAAGCGGGACGCCGAGAUCAGGAAGAUGGCCUGGCCCGUCGAGUACCAGCCGCGGUGGGCCACAACAGGCCAGGGCCACAAACGGCUGCUGGUGCGGCCGCCCAGCCAGCCUCUGCCGGCCACCUCGCCGGCCCCGGUGCAGAAAUCGCAGAGCAUGGACCUCUUCCCGGGACGUACCAGGGGGCGAAUCGAUACGGGGUCCAUCUCGUCCGACACCAGCGACUCGGGUGCGCCGCGAGGCGGGCUGUCCAGGAGCAUGUCCCGGCUGCAGAGGGCUGCCGCGCUGCUCCAGCGGGCGACGACGCGGCCGAAGGAUUAGGGUGCCGGGUUCGCAGGGUCGUUCGAGCAGCUCGUUGAGGGCGCCUUGCUGCCCUUCCGUCGGGGUUUGGGAUCGACCUUGGCGGGCUGGUGCUGAGGAGGAGAGAGUUGGUGCGCGCUCCCAGCCAAGGAUCCAUGUCCAGCCUCGCUCCCAACGGAGCUGGGGAGUGAUGAAAUAGACCGGCGCCA